AAGGAUGCACAGACUCGUCCCUCUGCGCCGCUUCACUCCGCAGGCAUGCCAUCAGACGGGCGGUGCGGUGACGGGGACCAACUGAAAACUGCGUACCAGUACCGAACGGAGGACAGAAACGAAUCUGAAGAACAGGGAUCAGAAACGAGGGAAGAGGGAGCAGGAAGCAUCAAGAAUAAGGCCUGCAGAACCAAUUCCAGAAUCCCAAGCCAUCCCAAGGACUGCAGAACCAAUUCCAGAAAUCCAAGCCAUCCCAACUGCCCUGUGGUUUAGGGCCUCUGCUGACAGUUGAAGAUUCAGCAGGACCGGCGGACAGAUGGAGUUGAAUACUGACAUCGUUGCCCUCUCCACCUUCUCCAACAUCUCCAACGCCUCGGAGAACAACGGCACUUCCGCCCCGCUGCCCGUGCCCCCCUACCUGCCGGUGGAGGCGGCCUUCAUAGUCCUGGUUGCAGGCUCUCUCAGUCUGGUCACCAUCAUUGGGAACAUCCUGGUCAUGCUUUCAAUCAUAGUCAACAGGAGCCUGCAGACCAUCAACAACUACUUCCUCUUCAGCCUGGCUUGCGCAGACCUCAUCAUCGGCGUGAGUUCCAUGAACCUGUACACGGUCUACAUCGUGAUUGGCUACUGGCCCCUGGGGCCCGUGGUGUGUGACCUGUGGCUGGCCCUGGACUAUGUGGUGAGCAACGCCUCCGUGAUGAACCUCCUCAUCAUCAGCUUCGACCGCUACUUCUGCGUCACCAAGCCGCUCAGCUACCCCAUGAGGAGGACCACCAAGAUGGCGGGCAUGAUGAUCGCGGCGGCCUGGGUGUUGUCCUUCCUGCUGUGGGCGCCGGCCAUCCUGUUCUGGCAGUUCAUCGUGGGGGCGCGCACCGUGUCGGAAAGGGAGUGCUCCGUCCAGUUCCUCUCCAACCCCACCAUCACCUUCAGCACAGCCAUCGCCGCCUUCUACCUGCCCGUGGGCAUCAUGUCGGUCCUGUACUGGCACAUCUCCAGGGCCAGCAGGAGCCGCGUGAACACGGGGAACUGCGAGCCGUCGGGGCCGAAGAGCCGCCUCCCCACGCCUGAAGACGAAGACAACGAGGAAACCCAGGGCACGGACUGGAGCCGGGACGGGGGGGGCGGGGCCGGGGGCACGGAGGCGGAGACUUCCGAAUCGCACCGGGGCGACCGGGCGCGCUCGGAAGGGCAAGCCCGCCCCCACGCCGUCGCCACGGUGACGAGGCAGCCGCCGCCCAGGAGGAAGGCGGCGGCGUCGUCGCGGGAGAAGAAGGUGACGCGCACCAUCAUGGCCAUCCUGGUGGCCUUCGUGGUGACAUGGACGCCCUACAACGUCAUGGUGCUCCUCAACACCGUCUGCCCCACCUGCAUCCCCAAAGCCGCCUGGACCAUGGGCUACUGGCUGUGCUACAUCAACAGCACCGUCAACCCGGCCUGCUAUGCCCUCUGCAACGCCACCUUCAAAAAGACCUUCAAACGACUCCUCCUCCGCCAGUACAAGGACAUUCGCUCGGGUCGAUGAACGGAGGCGC